AUGCCCUCAGCAGCCCCCAGCGGAGAGGAGGCAGGACCCAGUAAUAUGAGGACAGAACCACCCCAGCCAUUCCUGGAGGUGCUGACUGAAGAAGUGGCCGUCCUCAGAGACAGCAGCACAGCAGACACACACAGUGGAGGACAGGAGGCGCUAGGAGACAAGGAGGGUCAGAGUGAAGUGACCCCCAGCACCAGUGGAGAGGAGGCAGGGAGAUCCACUCAGGGAAGGGGGGCAGACACCCCAGCUGUCACUCAGAGAGGGGCUCCCUUGUUGUACUCCAAACCAUCAACCUCAGACCUGUGUAAGAAGAGAGAGUGGCUGGAAAGACAGAAAGACACGUACAAGCACGGCAGAAACCUGAGAGACAGACCAAGAAUCACUUACACAGAAGAGGAGGUCCCCAAAGAUGACCACUACCUCUGGCGGGAGGUUACCGUGACUGAGGACUGCAAGUCUUUCUUCAUGGAGGAGUGUGAGCUCCAUGGUCCUGCUCUCUUUGUCCCUGACAUCCCUGCCCCUCUAGGAGCCCCUGACAGGGCCAGACUCACCCUGCCGUCCGGCCUGGAGGUCAGGACAUCAGGCAUCCCUGAAGCAGGACUGGGGGUAUUCAACCAAGGAAACACUGUGCCUGCAGGAGCCCACUAUGGACCUUAUGAAGGAGAGAUCACAGACAAGGACCAGGCCAUGGAGAGUGGAUACUCCUGGGUGAUCUACAAGAGCAAACACUGGGACGACUACAUUGAUGCUGGGAGAGACACUCACUCCAACUGGAUGAGGUAUGUGAACUGUGCUCGUAGAGAAGAAGAACAGAAUCUGGUGGCCUUCCAGUACAGAGGAGAGAUUCUAUACCGCUGCUGUAAGCCUAUAGCUGUUGGAGAGGAGCUAUUGGUUUGGUACGGAGAGGAGUACGCCAGAGACCUGGGCAUUGUCUUCGACUACCUCUGGGACAAAAAGAGCUCUGCUAAAGAUGUGAACGUUGAGUCUUUCCAGAUCUUCUCGUGUUCUGGCUGUCCGUUCUCCUUCACCUCUCAGAUCUUCCUCCUCAAGCACAUAAAGAGAUGUCACCAUGAUGAGUAUGUCAGACUGUUGAGGAGUGGAGAGAUCAGAUCAGAGAAUCUCAUGUCCUCCAGCAGCUCACAACACCAUGGAACCACAUCAGGUUCCUCCAAUCCAGCUCCCACCAGGAAACAGAGAGAGACGGACAAGCCACGACCACACCGCUGUUCUCAGUGUGGGAAGAGCUUCAUUAAAGAAGAUCAUCUCAGAACACACCAACGCAUUCACACAGGAGAGAGGCCGUUCCACUGCUCCCAGUGUGGGAAGAGUUUCAAUACAGGGAGUGAUUACAAUAGACACCAGCUCACUCACACAGGAGAGAAGCCAUUCCACUGUUCCCAGUGUGGGAAGAGCUUCAGGGAGUCAGGAAAUUUAAAGAUACACCAGCGCAUUCACACAGGUGAGAAGCCGUUCCACUGCUCCCAGUGUGGGAAGAGUUUCACUAGAGCGUAUAAUCUCAUCAGACACCAGCUAACUCACACAGGAGAGAAGCCAUUCCACUGUUCCCAGUGUGGGAAGACCUUUGGUUUCAUACACGUUCUAACAGCACAUCAGCGCACUCACACAGGAGAGAAGCCAUUCCACUGUUCCCAGUGUAGGAAGAGUUUCAGUCAAGAGAGUAAUCUCAGAACACACCAGCGCAUUCACACAGGAGAGAAAACGUUCCACUGCUCCCAGUGUGGGAAGAGUUUCAAUACAGGGAGUGAUUACAAUAGACACCAGCUCACUCACACAGGAGAGAAGCCAUUCCACUGCUCCCAGUGUGGGAAGAGUUUCAGGGAGUCAGGAAAGUUAAAAAUACACCAGCGCAUUCACACAGGAGAGAAGCCGUUCCACUGCUCCCAGUGUGGGAAGACUUUCAGUCGGUCAUACAAUCUAAAGACACACCAGUGUUCUUAAAAGAGUAAAGUCGUUUUCACUUGUAAAUGGGAUGGUAAUGUGACAAUGAGAUGCAGUAAGUUUUUGUUCUAUCAAGAAACAUGACUGAAGUCUUUUUUACAUAGAUACCAGGGUUGGGGUCAAUUCCAGUCAAUUCAGGAAGUACAAUCAAAUUCCAAUUCUCUUCCAAUGCUUUUCAAUGAAGAAAAUGUGGAAUUGGAAUUUGGUUUACUCUCUGAAUUGACUGGAAUACUGUUGAAUUAUUCUGAUAUGAUAUUCACAGAACUCAAGUCACAUUUGAAUAUAGUAAAUUACGCAUGUGUAUAUUAACUGUAAAUAUUUAAGUAAUAUUAUUGCCAACUGAAAUGUAUACCCCCUUAAGUCAUUAACAUGGCAAGAUUUAAAUCCAAUUUUGAUAUCAUAAUAAAAUUCACAUCUCCUCUC